AUGGCAGAAGAUCCGUCGAAAGCGCCGUCGCCAGUUUCGGCGCAGGCGAGCAUUUCUGCUGUAGAUGGAAGCACAGAUCAGCCCUCCAAUGCCACGGCUGGAAUCGCAUCAGGUCCACCCUCAAAACCUGCACAAGAUGGCGAAGGCGACCUGAUAAUGACUUCGCCCACUGCCCCUACAAUGGCAGCAGCGGCAUCAGUCUCAACUCCUUCAAAUUCCGCGACUGCCUUCACGACUACCCUUCCAACUACCGGGCCUGUCCCCCUCGACUCAGCUUUGCGCACCACGCCAAUCCAUCCAUCUCUACCAUCAGUGAAAGUACCCGCCGAGGCACUGAUCAGCGCUCCAAACAUGAGCCCAAUAACCUUGCAACCGUUCACGGAAGCCGAACUCAACAAGUACGGGUUCGAAAAGUUACGGGCGCAGGUCCUCGCGGCGGCAGAGAAGAACAACAACGCGAGCCACCUCCCGGCCGCGAACGGUGAGGUGGGACUGAGCGAGCAAGAAAAGGAAGAAAUAUCGCGCGUCCGUGAGGAGACGGCAGCGCUGUUGAAGCGGAAACUCGACGAGAGGGAGGCAAGGCUCCGCGAAAUCGAGAGGGAGAUGGAAGAGAAGGAGAAGAUACGCGAAGUGGAGCGCAAGGUGUUCAGGAAGAAACUGGGCGGUGGGAAGGAGGUGUGA